ACUCCUCUUCCGGGAGUGUCUGGUGUGUAAAUCGAGCGCUCCCCGCUGCUCUGUGUGCGGAAGCUGACUGCAAUCUCCGGAAACGAUAAGUCAGCUGCCCGACGGCUGAUGGUGUUUAUCCCUGAAACUAGCUUGAUGGCGAACGUCGCUUGUUAGUGUGUUUUCUUCUUUAUUAUCGCUUUCAUCCAUUCUUAAAAAAAGGACUGGCUCGUUUUAAUCUCAAACAGAGACUUGGUGUCGGACCGUAGAGAUGAAGUGUGUGUUUGUUGUCGAGGCUCUCUCUCUGGUUUGUUUUGUCCUGCUGAGCCAGGUGUCAGCGAAGGUAAGGCUGUGUGUAAUCUAGGUUAGCUGGGGCUACACACAAAUGGUCAUCUCAGUUAAAUGCCCUUUUUUAUAAACUCUCCAAUAAUAAAAAAAAAACCUGUGGAUCGUUGUGACCGUUGGUACAGCACACACAAAGAUAACGUUAAACCCUGAUAUCCUAAGGCUUUGGGGCUUUCUUAUAUGUCGAUAUGACAAAAUGUAGAUUUAUUUAACUGUAUUUAAUCACAUAAUCUCCUGCUACAUAUCCACCUAGCACUGAAAAUAAGAGUUUAUGUAAGGCGAACAGCUCAGUUACCUAAAGAGCUGUCAGCUGACUGUUUACUGUCUGAUCGAGGGAGCUUCACUUUAGCAUUAGCUGCUCAUCAGGCAAAAUUAGCUUGGACGAUGAUAUACAUCGAUUUAAGGCUGGAAAUGAUCAUAAUGGGAGUAGAUGACAUAUAGGAGACACCAAGACUGUAUUUUACACGUUAAAUAUGGUUUAAUGGAUCAUGCCGUAGGCUAUGCUUCACACAACAAAUUGCAACAACACCCACCAUGUGUAGUUUAUAACCCAGUGCCUCACAACAAAAAAAUGACAUCAUACAAAACAAAAUCAUAGAAAAUCAGGGCUGUGAUAAAAGUCUUAUAUAAUUGCAACUGUAAAGAAAGUAAUGGAUAAAAAGUCUAUUAACAUUUAGCUUUAAAACCACUUUUACUGUUUGAAGGGAAAUAAAAUGUCAGAGCAAUACUAUAUGGCCACUUUUUACUGUUCAUAUGGGCAAAGUUGUAAUGAUAAUAAUAAUUUUAAUUUAUAACGCGCUUUUACAGGUGCUCAAAGAAGCCUUACAAAGAAAAAAUAAAAAUUUAAAAUAAUAAAAAGAGUAAAAAUAAAAAUAUCAUCUCAAUGCACCAAUAUGUGAGAAAAUUUUGAAAAAUGGUUUAAUACUCAUGAUUCCUCUAUUACAGAAUUCUGAGGACAUCCGGUGCAAAUGCAUCUGUCCACCAUACAGGGACAUCGAAGGACAAAUCUACAAACAAAAUGUGUCCCUGAAAGACUGGUACGUUAUGGGAACUAUAACCACACCUUCCUAAAUGAUAUGAGCCAUCUAUUUCACCUAUGCAUCUGCUUUUUCACUGAAGUGAACUUCUUUAUUUUUCAGCAACUGUCUCCAUGUAGUCGAACCCAUGCCAGUCGAUGGAAAAGAUGUGGAGGCAUAUUGUUUACGCUGUGAGUGCAAGUAUGAAGAGAGGAGCUCAGGGACCAUCAAGGUAAAUUGAGGGUAAAGCUUAGAUGUCAUAGAGUAAGGGAUGGGUGAUUACAUUACAUUUGUUUUGCUAUCUGAAACCGUAGAGCUGAGCCUUUUAAAUCUAUGAGUACAAUAUAUAGACAGGAAUUUCCACUGUUGUUCAUAAUGGAACUGAUUUGUGGACUCCUGGUAUAUUUUCUCUGCCUGUGUUGUAGACAUGCGAAAGAAAACCAUCUAAUUGUUCUUUACAUUUUUUAGGUCACAAUUAUAAUGUACCUCUCUAUUCUGGGCCUGCUGUUGCUCUACAUGGUCUACCUGACUCUACUGGAGCCCAUGCUGAAGAGGCGUCUGUUCGGACACUCACAGCUUAUCCAAAGUGAUGAUGAUGCCGGGGUAUGUGUUACGAUUAUCAACUUAAAGAAAAGAAACGUUAUGAAAAUGAUUGUUUGACAAGUAUCAUUCCAGACGCAUUUGGGUACCACAAAGGCCUGAAAUUUCAAAAUAAAAGAUUAAUCACAUUACAUUUAUCUGAAAUAAAUAUGGAAAUGUCCAAAAUGGCGGUGCUUUAAUAGCUCUCCAAACACAGAGAUGAGUGUAUGGUUUCUAAAAGUGCUGUCUCACUCUGAGUUCGAUCCAUUAUUAACCUCAAUCAUGAGCAAAGAGCUGCAGCAGGGACAUGAUAAAGCCAGUCCAGUAUGCAAACAGCUUUAGACACUUUAAACUGACAUCCUACUGCAUGCCCCUAGUAUGGGAAUUCUUAAGAUCCUGUUCCUGGAUAGAGCUGUAAAUGGAAAAACAAGUAAAUCCUGCUAGAUUUCUAUUGGCUGAACCUGUUAUGUAUUAUGUAAAUAUGGAUAUGACAGAGAAAGUGAGGCAGGUGUAAUGGUAAAGCAGACUUAGAUUCAUGUUAUCUAGGACAGAGUUAUUUAAAGUGUGUAACUGAUUUUUUGAUCAGGUGGACUAAAGUAUCAAAUAAGAAAUAAUAAGUUUUGAGAUCUGAUCAAGCAGAAGAGACGUCUUGCUCUCGGAUCUUCUAUAACUUCAUCAUUGUGUUAUCAGUAUUGUAUUUUAGUAUUAGCUGAACUAAGCUAAAUAAGUUCCCCAAAAAGCUGUUGAAGUUGGUGAAAAAAAAAACUGAUUACUGACCAGUUAAUGUGAAACUGUGAGUCAUCUCCAGAGUGCAGAGGAGACCAAAACAUGGAUCUCUGCCAAUCUCUACCAGUAAACAAGUCUCUGAUGAAGUCCUAUCUCAGGAAAUGGAAGGACAGUUAAGUUACUCUAGGCGUAAACAAAGAACAGUUAAUCAGCGUGAUAUAAAAAAAGGUUUUGGUAUCAAUGAAAGAAAACAGAGACUGCCCUUGCCUGAAGGGAACUCCAGCCAACACUGAGCACUCGUGUGUUUUCACUGGCAGAGUCCAGGAUGGAGGAAUUGCUAUAUGAGAGGGUUUUCUAAAAAAAAAAACAGUUUUGCUUUUGAAAUUUUCCUGAGCAGCAGCAGCAGCAGCAGCCCACACCAGAUGUUUCAUCUGAAGAGUGUGAAACCAUCCAACUCUUGUCAAAAAGGACAGGAGACUGACAGCAUUAUCAUCACCAGAUAACUACAGAAAUAAUGUUUAUGUAGAAAACCUUAAUGUUCCUUUAACUGCAUGAAAGUCACAGCGCUUGCUUCUUAUUUGGAAAUAAGCUUUGGGAAAGGCUCUGAAAUGAAGAGCUGAAGUGGCUCACUGAAAGGAACAGGAUAUUGCCUCCAUUAAAGCUUGAAGGGAGUGUCACACCAGCCUGUUCCAUGAGUUUAAAGAUAAUCGUGCUUUUCUCUACCAUGUGUUUCAGGACCAACAACCCUUCGCCAAUGCUCACAACGUCCUCUCCCGCUCCCACUCUCGACCCAACAUGUUGAACAAAGUGGAGCACGCUCAGCAGCGCUGGAGGAGGCAGGUCCAGGAACAGAGGAAGUCCGUGUUCGAUCGCCAUGUUGUUCUUAGUUAAACUACCAUCUGCCCUGAGAUCAAGAGUUACUGAUGAAAAAAAAAAAAAGAAACAAAAAAAGAAACACUGUGACAGAGCCCUCGAUUUAUAUAUUGCUUCAUUUUUCUUAUUUGUACUUUGUAUCUCCUAUCUAUGAUGAUCUGAGGUGAUCAAUAUGAAGGAUUUAGAUCCAACGCAGGUGUAAAAUCCCAGCUGGGGACCCACACAUAGUCCACCCCGGCAGCACAAGAGAUGACAGUGAGUCGUUUUUGCACAAUAUUGAAUAAGCAGUCUUAAAAAGCAUUCCUAGGAGCUGAUUUGCCUCAUCUCUGCCUGAUGUCUGGUUUGCUGAAGUGCCAAGUCACCAGAGAAUUUCAGACACAAACUAGCACACGAAGGCUUGGUGAUUAAACGUGAGAUGAAACGAGUAAUUUCAAGUGAAUAUUUUCAAGCAUCUUUUGACUCCUGACCUCAGUUUCAAAUAAAGAAAAUCCACUCAAAGCUGACAGUCUUUCAUUAUUAUCAAACAAAAUGGUGUCCAGAUAUCUGCCAGAUUAUCUGGAUCCCUUGAACACAUGGCUGGCUGGUAUUUUCCACCCAAACUCUAAAACAACUUUGGACGACUGCUCUAAUCACAGACAAACGUUUAAAAAGUAGAUCUUUCAGCUUUCUUUGAGAGUGCAUGUUUUAUAACAAACCUUUUAUAAUUGUGUUUUCAAUCCUCCAUCUCUUCCAUGAUGUUUACUGUCUGGUGUUAAUAAUCAUCAUUUAAUACAUUCAAUUUGAUAUCUGAACAUUGUAUCAUUGAGCGUUGUCUCGGACAAAUCGAUGCAGUUUCUUGGUGAUGUCCUAGUGAACAUAGCUGUGAUAUUGAUCCUCACCUUUUUUUCUGGAAUUAGUGACCUCUCUUAAACUGUUAAAACAAAUCUAAUGAACAGUUAUUGAUUUUCUAACAUCAGUUCCAUUAGGACGCUCCUUGUUGUCCAUCAGGCUUCAUUAGAAAACAGUGUGGUGUUAUUCAGAGUCAUUUUUUGUGUAUGAUGGAGCUGUGAAUGCAGAGUGGAAGGAGAUAAAUCACGAUCAGCAGACCUUCGGAAGUGUUCUUAACUAUUGUGUAUGUGAUACCUUUAACUUUGAAAUAAACUGAUGUAAUAUUUGUGAUUCUUCUUCUUACAUGUUUAUAUUUGUUCACGUUUCACAUCAGCAACACUUUCUUUCAGUGUGAAGCACAAAAGCGUAACAGUUUGUGAAGCUGUAUGUCCCUUUGAAAUGAAUAGGGGUUAUAAAUAUGGAUGAUCUGGUCGCACUGAACACCUAAAUUGAAUCCAGACACACUCCCCCACCUCAUUCUGACACACAGCCUCAUAUCACAUUUGUUUUUGCUUUAAAUCAUUAAUAUGGACAAUAUUUUUAGAGAUGCACUAGUUAAAAAUUGUACAAUUUUAUGAAUAUGGACUCUGCACUGCUCUUAAGAGAUCUAGCUAUCAGGAGGUCUCUAGUGCAGUGAUUCUCGACCCAAAAGUGGGUUGCGGACACGUUCUGGAUGGGUCACGAACAGCUGGCCAAAAAAGUAAAUAUUUAAUGCAAUUUUUAUUUGAUAUUUUCUGGAAAAGCAACUUCAGUAGUUGUUGUCCUUAUGUUGUCCCUUUCAUGUGUUCUGAAACGCACUUAAAUCAAUAAAACAAGUGGAUUUAUGUUAAAGAUUAGAGGCUUUAAAGGUUUUUCUUUUAAUAAAAAAUAAAUUUGCUUGGUUUGAAUUCUAUAAAAGUGGGCCGUGACUCAAGGACCAUGGGAAAAUGUGGGUCCUAGAGUGAGACCAGCUGAGAACCAAUGCUCUAGUGGAUUCAGGACAUCAGUAAAAACAACUGCUCAGCCUUGUAUUGGAAACACAAAAAGGCUGAACAUGUAACAAUGGUAUCAUAUCUUCUGAUGCAUUCUUGUCGUUUUGUUGUCAGUAUAUCUUCUAAUUCUCCUCCGGCUCUGAGCUCUGUACUGACUUGAUAGUUUGCAGUGUCAUUAAAAUAACUCCACAGGCAAGUUCA